AUGGGCGAGGUGAAAGUGGCAACGGACAAUUGGGCGAGAAGCGGUCGCAUGAUCACGCGAGGCUCGUUUGAUGUGUACCGUGGGUUUGACCCCAGCAACCCUGCUGUGCCCUGGGCUGUAUGCCGCGCUCGCGUGCUCUCCAACACGUUCAGGCAGUCGGUGGAGCGCAUGGGGGGAGUGCGGCACCCGAACGUGGUGCGGCUGGUGGGGUUCUGCAUGGAAAUGACGCCCACUGCGCUGGAGCAGGUCACCCUCUACCCGCUCUUCCCCCACGGCGACCUCGAGAAACGCCUCAGGCCAGGCGCACAGGCGCCCCUGAGCGUGGGCGAGAGGGUGGGCAUUCUGGCGGGCGUGGCGAGGGGGCUGGAGUGUCUGCAUGCGAGCGGGAUUGUGCAUCGCGAUGUGAAACCCUCCAACGUCCUGCUCGACCAACACCUGCAGCCUCAACUAGCUGACGCUGGGUUUGUGAGGGUGGUGGAGAGCGGUGGGGAGGAUGGUGCGAGAGUGGUGGGCACGCCAGGCUAUGUGGAUCCCUCCUAUGCCAAGACACACGUCGCAACUCCUCAGUCUGAUGUAUACAGUUUCGGUGUGGUGAUGCUGGAGGUGCUGACAGGUCGCAGGGCCAUCCUCGUGGUCACUGACCGCCAGAUGUCAAUCAGUCAGUGGGCGUCCCAGCACGUGGAUGCGAACGACAUAGCGGCUUUAAGGGACCCCGAGAUGCCCAUCGCAUACGACAUGCUGCGCCGCCUGGUCUCGCUCGCGCUCUCCUGCACCACCACACUGCCAUCCAUGCGCCCGCGUCUCUCUCACGUGCGCGAGCAGCUGGAGGCCAUAAGGCGGUCCCUGCCACCGGCAGCCCCAACACAACCCCCCCCUGCUGCUGCUCCUGCCGAUGCUCCCCUGCAGGGAGACCUGGAGCAGGGGUUGCUGGAUGAACCAUAA